AAGUUCUCCUCCCAUGCCUUAAAUACGCCGUUGAUAUCUUCAGCUGGCCAAAACCACUGGUCAGUUCUUGCACAUCACAAACUGAAUGCACAAAGGGAAUAUUUUUCAAGUUAACAAAUAGUUUUGGUUAAUAUGUUGGAGAUGUUUGAGUACAGUCAUUACCAGGUGCAAACACACCUGGAGAAUCCAUCCAAGUAUCACCUCCUGCAGACCCAGAGGCAACAGGUGAAACAUUACCUGUCUAGCGCAUUAGGAGCCAAGCUAAGCCCGCAGGCCAGCACAGGGCCCGGCCCCAGCCAGCCCUCAGAGCACGGCAUGCCCCCUGGACCAGGAACCAGUGCUCCCAAUAGCCCUAUGGCACUUCUCACCCUCAACUGUGAGAAAGAGAUGGACGAUGUAAUUGAAGACAUAAUCAGUUUGGAAUCAAGCUAUAGCGAUGAUAUUCUUGGAUUCAUGGAUGCUGGACUUCAAAUGACGAAUACGAUUCCAGUUUCAGCAAACAUAUUGGAUAUGUACAACAAUCAUCCUCUUCCUCCAGCUACCCCAGCACCUGGCAUGAUGCACAUAAUGGAGAAGCCUGGACCAUGUGGCAAUUUUGACUCUUAUCAAAGGCCUGAAGGCUUCCCAGUAGAAGCUGAGGUCAGAGCUUUGGCAAAGGAGAGACAAAAGAAGGACAACCACAACCUAAUUGAAAGAAGGCGGCGUUUUAAUAUAAACGACAGAAUUAAAGAGCUGGGGACAUUAAUCCCCAAGUCAAAUGACCCAGACAUGAGGUGGAAUAAGGGGACAAUUCUAAAGGCUUCAGUGGAUUAUAUUAGGAGACUGCAAAAAGAGCAACAGAAAGCAAAAGAACUAGAGAACCGCCAGAAGAGAAUGGAACACGCGAACAGACAUCUUUUGCUUCGAAUUCAGGAGCUUGAGAUCCAGGCCCGCGCUCAUGGACUCACUGUGGUGGCCUCUCCCCCCCUCUAUUCCUCUGACCUUGUAGCUCGAGCGAUCAAGCGGGAGCCCGGUAUGGGCGACUGCUCCUCGGAUCUCUACUCCCACCUCCCCAGUCCUGACAUGUCCCGCACCACCACUCUGGACCUGAACAACGGCACCAUCAGCUACAACGACAGCCCCGCUGAGGAGGGGGAACCCGGAGUUUACGACAGCCCCAACAAAGCCUCCAACAAGCUGGAGGACAUGAUAAUGGACAACACUUUGUCUCCAGUAUGCACCAAUGACCCCAUGCUCUCCUCCGGCUCUCCCGUCCCCUCCAACAGCAGCAGCAGUAUGGAUGAACAUGACAACGACUGUUAGCGUUGUGAACGAAACUGGCAGAACCAAAGUUAGAUGAUUAGCUUUAUACAGUAUAAUGAAAUAUGUGUGCAGUGUGGUUUCGUUUUGAUCCAAAUAAUGUUUUUUAGAAUGCAUUUUAUUUUCAUUUUAUAAUUUUGAAGUGUACUAGUUCAGAACGACUGAUUUCAACAGUUUUUUGAUUCAUGAAGGAUUUCUUGGAAACAAGCUUUUAAGACAGCUAAAGUGGAAUUGCACCAUUACAACAAUGACUAUAGUAUCAAAGCAUACUGUUUUUAGAGCAUUGGCUUGCUAGAGCGCUGCUCAAAUGAAGUUAGUGCAAUGGGGUGCGCUAAUUGUCAAAUAGUAGACCCCAGCCACUGCUAUUGAUAACACUAAUGCGCCUUAGCAAGUAGUACACAAAACAGUACCAGGGGGGAUUCAAAACAUCCACAAAUGCAGCUGUUGAGUUAUGCACAAAAUCAAAAUGGGUUUUGAUUCUGCAGGAGUAAAGUUAUUUGGCAAAUGUAGUAGAUUUGAAUGUACCGUAUUGCUCCAAAUAUAAGACAAUGUUUUUUUUUUCUUGGAAAUGAAUCUGAAAAACAUGCACACUAUAUGCAAUUUGAAGGUUAUUUUCAGGUAAAUACAUUUUCUUUAUAGACGGUUUCAAAGUGACAACAUAAACAAACGUUACUGCACAUGCGCAGUGGACUGCCCUUUACUUUCCGGUACACAUUCACAAACAAUAGAGUGCCUGUAGAUUAUUUCUGAUAACAAGCAAAAGAAACCUAGAAAAGUGUUACUUGGCUAAACUUGUCUCCAAUAUUUUGAAUUUAGACUGCGAUACCAAGCUCAACCGCUAGAUGUCAAUGUACCCUACCAGGGGCGGACUGAACAGUAGGACAUUCUGUCAAAGUCCAGAACGGCCGUCCCACCGACGGCCUACGGCCGUGACCAUGAGCAGACUGUCCAUCUGGAGUAUGGAAUGGUGGAGGGAUGAUGUGGGCCGAAAAAUCCACAACCCCACCCCCCAUCUACAGAAAUGGUGAAGCCAAAAACUCCAGGGCCGUUUUUGAUUCCCAGUUUGCCCCUGUACCCUACGGUUACUUUAAAUGAGACCAAACUACAGGACCCAUUCAACAAAUUGUUUAUUUAAUAAAAGAACAUACAAAAUAUUCAACAAAUCAUUUAUUUAAUACAAUUAUUAUACAGGAAAAUAAUAAUAUAAAUGAAUAUUAACAUGAAUUAAAUAAAAUAGAAAUAGAAACUCUGUAUUAUUAGACUCUAGCCACAGACAGGAAGUUAACUGCAGUCCCGGUGGCGUGCUAGAAAAAAUUCUGCAGUAUCUUACAACAAUCUUUAUAGUCAAUAAAAAAGAAGUCUAUUAGUAGAUUAGGGCAUAAAAAUCUCUAUUAACUAUUUUACAUGGGCACCAUCUUAUGUCACCACAUUACCCUUACUUUUAAAAAUGAGUAACCUUGUUACAAAAUUAGUCAUAUUGACUAUAUCUGAUAUCUUUAUGCUUGAAAUUGAUCAUGUAACCGUACAUUAGGGAGCGGAUUCCCUUAAAAUACAUCAGUUCCAUUGUGUUGUCUCAAAAUGCAUACAAGUAAUGUCUUUUAUUUGUAUGGCAUGUUUGUAAAAACGACUUAAAUGUCUUAUUUAACUAAAGCCUAUAGUCUUGGCUUAAUCUAAUCCUCGCCCGGGUAACUGCCCCUAAAAGACAAAGCAGUUGGAAAUGGACCUAGGUUAUAUGUAAUAGGUAAACCUUUAGUUUCUAAUGUUUAGAUGUUAGAUUUCUAAUGUUUUUUUUUUACAUUUUUACAUUACAUACAAAUGAUCACUGUAGUUAUUCACCAUGUCACUUGUGGUUUGUUGGGAAAUACAUAAACCCAGAGACUUUGAUAAAUAUUCUCAUAUAUCUGUAGAUGUACAUGAAUAAAGAUUCUA